ACGUACUCCCUUCACGAAACGAGCAUAUCAUGAAAGAAAGUGGGAAAAAAUCGCCUACUUUCUUCGCCUUCUUUUUAUUACUGCCGGCGGCGGUGCGACUAAGAGGUGACGUGAGCACAUUGAGCCAGCUCUCAUGCACCACAUGUGACAUAAAAACAUUUUUCGACACAGACGAAGCAAUAUGGACAUUCAGGUCGACCGAGCGAUUAAAACUCGAAUGCAAAGUUGACGUGAAGCUCAAGAAUACGGACACUUUUGUUCUAUUUGAAAGACAUUUUUACCUAAAGGGCAACAGGGUAAAUGUGACAAUCAAUGGAACAUUUGCAUCACUGGCCGACCCGAGGAUCAUCUCCGGCAAAUAUGACACAAUUCUGCUCGCUUAUCCAGGUCAACCGGUUUAUGGAUAUGAGCACCUUUUGUAUCAAGCGGUGGACAGCAGCUGUGCUGUUUUUUUGGUAGCCCAUAAUGGAGCUUAUAUGUGGCUCGAAAUACGAGUGAGGAAUUCUACUGUAGACAAGCCAGAAAAAACUUGCGUAGAAAGUUUCCGACAAUCCUUGCCGAAACUGAAGGGCAAGCGAAGACUAGUAUACAAGCAUGAAUGUCAGCGAAUCCUUCCCCAAAUAAAUGAAUGACGUAAGAGGCA